GAGCUCCAUCCUCCUCCCCUGUUUUUAAUUUCCUAUUGGCAUUAACAACAGACAAGAAGAAGAACAAUGUUAGGGCUCAAAAAUGCCUCAUUCCCAACCCCAAUCUCAUCAUUUUCUCGACCCAAAUUCACUUUCCCUUCGUGUCCUCUGCAAACCCAUAUCAAAAUCCCCAAAAUCGAAUCGAGAUUUCUGCUCUUCGCACUAAAUAACAACAAUUCGCAAGAACCCAACAAACAAAAACAGGAAAAGCUAAAUGGGUCGGCUGAUAAUGGAGGCGGCGGCGACGAUUUGAAGGAAGAUCGACCUCCCUUACUGAAGAAUAUCAAGUGGGGUGAGCUGCUGCUUGACCCAGAUCCUGAUAACAUCGUAGCCGUUGGAUUGACGGGGUUGCUCGCAUGGGCAAGUGCUCAAGUUCUGUGGCAGCUGUUCCUAGUCUCUGCGGCCAUUCUUAUUGCUGCUCUCAAGUACUCUUUUAUUGCUGCUCUGCUUAUUUUCAUUCUCAUUACACUUCUUUAGUGAUUUUGCUUUCUUCAUACUAAUAAUUUUUCGACCAAUUUUUGUACACUUGUUUUAUGUAAUGCAAUUCCCAAUUUUAUGUUAAA